AUUUUUGAGAGUUGCUAUGUCCAAGCAUGUUUUAAUAGGAGCAUCUGCAGGGUUUAUCACGGGAAUAGUUACAACUAAAGUAGGAAAAUCAGCAGCGCUUGCUCUUGGAGGAGGGAUGCUGUUACUUCAGGUUUUAAAUGAAAUGGAGGUCAUUACUAUAAAUUGGGAUCGAGUCAAUCAUACAAUCAGUAAUACACAUGAAGAAAACAUAGUUAAUGGUGCAGUUUUAUAUUUGAAAAAGAUUAAAGAAUUUGUACAGAAUAAAAAUGUAUGUUUAACUUAUGGAUUUUUAGCAGGAUUUUUGAUUGGAAUAGCAACAUAAAAUCA